AGCCCAUCCUGCGAUGACCCAGCACGCCUGAGGCCCAGCAGCUGUGGGGAUGGAGCUGAAGGUCUGGGUGGACGGGAUCCAGAGGGUCGUCUGCGGUGUCUCGGAGCAAACCACCUGCCAAGAAGUGGUCAUCGCCUUGGCACGGGCCAUCGGUCAGACAGGCCGCUACGUGCUGGUGCAGAAGCUGCGGGAGAAGGAGCGGCAGCUGCUGCCACUGGAAUGCCCAUUGGAGUCCCUGGCCAAGUGCGGGCAGUAUGCCAACGACGUGCAGUUCGUCCUGCGGCGGACGGGCCCCAGCGUGGCCGAGCGGCCCUCCUCCGAGGGCACUCCCCAAGCCCCCGAGAGGACGUUCAUCCGGGCCAGCUUGCCCAUCAAGCCCAGGCCCCCUGGCACAGAUGCACCCCGUUCGCGGGAGCCGAAAAAAUCCAUGACCUUCAACCUGGGUCCUACGGGCCCUGGCGACCCAUUCGCUGUGAGCCGCUGGAGGCAGCAAGCGCGGGAAGGGAUGGACUUGGAGGGUGGUGGGGUUGUCCAGCUCUCCAAGGAGGAGCUGUUUAGGAGGGUGCUGUGGCAGCAGGAGCAGCUGCAUUCCUUGGAGGCCCACGGGGACACCCUGGAGACGGACCUACGGCUCUGGGAGCGUGGCCGGCUCGCCGACCAGGAGGAUGAGAUCCUCUACCUGGAGCACCUGGUCCGGAGGAAUGAGACAGAGCUGGGCGAGGAGGAGUUUUGGCAGAGCGAGCUCCGGCUGGAGAAGGAGUGUGAGCGGGAGCGGCAGGAGCGGGUUAGGAGCUUGCGGGCCAGCCUGGAAGAGUACACCCAGAGGAUUUAUGAGCUGAGCGCCCGGACCGAAGCCCUGCAGGAGGAGAUCCAGUGGGAGAUGGCUGAAAGGGCCAAGAGAGGGAAGGAGACCCCUGCGCCCAGCCCCACAGAGCUGGAGGACAUGGCCGCCAAGAUGAAAAGGGACCUGGAGGCCAAGGUCAAGCAAGGCACCCAGCUGGAGAGCAACCUGGCCAGCGUGGAGAAGGCCCUGGAGGAAGCUGAAAGGAACCUGCAGGCCCAGACCCAAGAGCUGGAGGAGUUAAAUAAGGAGCUGAGGCAGUGUAAUUUGCAGCAGUUUAUUCAGCAGACGGGGGCCACGGUGACCAUCCUGCAGGCCAGGUCCGAGGAGGAUGCCCAGCCGGAGCCGAGCCCGCGUGAGCUGCCAGCCUGCCGGAGAAACGGAGGUUUUCCUCCCACCGCCAGUGCCGACUCACCUCCCCGGGCCAGCACCAAGCAGCUCCUCAGCCAUCCCAAGACCCUGCCGGAGCCCCUGGUGUCCAGCCUGAACCCCGAAGUCGUAUCAACCAGGCAGAGCAUCUGGAGGUAG